CAAUGGCGGUGAACAACAAUCAUGUAUCAUGGAAGAAAUGUCGAAGAUAAUAAUCAUAACUUAUUAAUAACAAGAGAAUUUUUGCAAUCCUUUGUCCUCCUUAAUACUAAAGAGAUGUAAGAAGUUUUUAUAGCGUCACAGCAAAAUGCCACCUAAAAAGACUGCACCAUUAUCAAAACCAGCCUCAAAAGCUGCUCCUGCGAGGCAGCCCGCGAAAACGACAAUGGCUAAAAAGCCUCCUUCUAAACCUGUCGGAUCCAGUAAAGGAACUGCUGCCAAAAAACCUGGGAACAUUCAAGCCAAAGGUAAACCUAAAGGAAAAGAUUCUGCCUCACCAAAGCCCAAAGGCCCAGUAUGGACAAAAGAUGAUGACCAUGCAAGAACUAUUCAAAAAUAUGUUAGACGGUACCUUGCAAAGAAGAAACUUGAAAAGUUAAAAAAAGAAAAACAAGAUUUUGAUGAUCUUAUGGAGAAACUUCAAAAAGAGGCCUGGCUGAAAUUGGUACAAAUGGAAAGAGAACAAGCAGAACUGGAAAGAAAAAAAGAAGAAGAGGAAAGAAGAAAAAGAAAGGAAGAAGCCAAAAGACAAAGUAGAAUCCUAGAAGCAGCUUUUGAUGGAGACAAUGAUGAAAUACUUGCAGUCCUGGAAGAAGCAUAUGAAGUAGACAGCAAGCAAACAACUCUCUCUGAAAAUGCUCGCCAAUCUCUCAUAGUAAGACACCAGAAAGCACUUGUAGAUUGCAAAGAUGCCAACAAUAAUACACCAUUAUCAGAGGCUGCAGGUGGAGGUCAUGCAGAUACCAUAACUAUGUUGAUUCAAAGAGGAGUAGUUAUCAACUCAAGAGGAAGAUACCACAGAACACCUCUCUGGAGGGCUGCUUUUGGUGGACAUCUGCAAGCAGUACAGACCCUUCUAGAGUUUGGAGGUGAUCCGAGACUUGUUGCUGAUGAUGGUACAAAUGCCAUUCAGGUUGCAGCUAUAGAGGGUGUUCAGAAGGUAUUACAAGACUGGGACUUGACACAAACUGAUGUACUUCUUAAAAAGAUUGAAUCAGAAGAUUUAAAAAAGGCUGACGAAGAAAAGAAAAGACAAGAGGCAGAAUGUAACAGGUUGGAAAAUGAAAUCAGUGAUGCAGAGAAAGAAUACAAAGCAUGCGAAAAAGAGUUAAGGAAAGCUCAUGAAGAAUUGAAUAAGAGAAUCUAUGAACAUGACCGUUGUAUCAGUGAAGGAAUGCUUGACAAGAAAGAAAUCACCUUACAGAGCAUUCAUGACGCUGAGGCAACUCUAGCACUGGUGAAGAAGAAAUCAGAUAAAGCCCAGAAAAAGCUUUCCCAAGCCAAAUUAAGACUUCGAGAACAGAAAUCACAGGAUGAAAAAGACAAACAAGCUGAGAACGACAAUUUCAAUGGAAUCAAAGUGAUGAUAAAAGAUUUAGACGAUGUUCUAUUCAGGGAUAUCGGCGGUAAAAUUGCAGCAGAUGGAAGGUAUAUAAGCAGUGAACAAUUCUUUCUUCCUUUCGGAUUAGUUCAGAAACAUUAUUGA